CCGCCCCACCCUGAGGCGGAUGGCCGCGGCGCUGCGCGGCGGCCGCCGGUUCCCGCGGCUGCUGCUGGCGGCGGCGGCGGCUCCGGUCCCGGUCCCGGUCCCGGGGCGGCUGGGCGCCGCCAUGCAGCAGCCCGCCGCUCUCCCGGGCGGCCCCGAGGGCGGUGCGCGGGCGGGCGGCGGGGGCUGGCUGGGCGCGCUGCGCUUCGACAACCUGGCGCUGCGCUCGCUGCCGGUGGAGGCCUCGGAGGACGGCGGGCCGCGGAUGGUGCCCGGCGCCUGCUUCUGCCGGGUGCGGCCCAGCCCGCUGCAGAACCCGCGGCUGGUGGCCAUGUCGCUGCCGGCGCUGUCGCUGCUGGGACUGGAGGCGCCGGCGGCCGAGCGGGAGGCGGCGGAGGCCGAGGCGGCGCUGUACUUCAGCGGGAACCGGCUGCUGGCGGGCUCGGAGCCGGCGGCCCACUGCUACUGCGGCCACCAGUUCGGCAGCUUCGCGGGGCAGCUGGGCGACGGCGCCGCCAUGUACCUGGGCGAGGUGCUGGGCCCGCGGGGCGAGCGCUGGGAGAUCCAGCUCAAGGGCGCCGGCCUCACCCCCUUCUCCCGUCAAGCUGAUGGUCGGAAGGUCCUGCGGUCAAGCAUCCGGGAGUUCCUGUGCAGCGAGGCGAUGUUUCACCUAGGAAUUCCAACAACGAGGGCGGGAACGUGUGUGACAUCUGACUCGAAAGUUGUCCGUGACAUAUUUUAUGAUGGGAAUCCAAAAAGUGAAAGGUGUACAGUUGUUCUGAGAAUAGCUUCUACGUUUAUAAGAUUUGGUUCUUUUGAAAUUUUUAAACCUACUGAUGAAUACACGGGACGGAAGGGUCCCAGUGUUAACCGAAAUGAUAUUCGAAUACAGAUGCUUGAUUAUGUGAUUGGCACUUUCUAUCCAGAAAUCCAGGAGGCUUAUUCAGACAACAGUAUUCAGAGAAACGCCGCUUUCUUCAAAGAGGUAACAAAACGGACAGCGAGAUUGGUUGCUGAGUGGCAGUGUGUUGGGUUUUGUCAUGGCGUGCUGAACACAGAUAACAUGAGCAUAGUUGGACUAACCAUUGACUACGGCCCUUUUGGAUUUAUGGACAGAUAUGACCCUGAGCACAUUUGCAAUGGUUCUGAUAAUACAGGGCGCUAUGCUUACAACAAGCAGCCAGAGAUUUGCAAGUGGAACCUGGGGAAGCUUGCUGAAGCUCUAGUGCCAGAGCUGCCCUUGGAAAUAAGUGAACUCAUCCUGGAAGAGGAAUAUGAUGCAGAAUUCGAGAAACAUUAUUUGCAAAAGAUGAGGAAGAAACUAGGCCUGAUCCAGCUGCAAUUAGAAGAAGAUAGCAAGCUUGUGUCUGAACUCUUUGAAACCAUGCAUCUCACAGGUGGAGACUUCACAAAUAUUUUCUACUUGCUGAGUUCAUUCUCCGUAGACUCUGAGCCUUCAGAAUUGGAAGGUUUCUUAGAAGACCUUGUAAGUCAGUGUGCUUCUGUGGAAGAACUGAAAGUUGCUUUCAAACCACAGAUGGAUCCAAGACAACUGUCAAUGAUGCUAAUGUUGGCUCAGUCUAAUCCUCAGCUGUUUGCAUUAAUUGGAACAAAAGCAAAUAUAAAUAAAGAAUUAGAACGCAUUGAACAGUUCUCUAAACUGCAGCAGUUAACAGCAGCUGAUUUACUCAGCAGAAAUAAAAGACACUGGACAGAAUGGCUGCAGAAAUACAGAGUCCGUUUGCAAAAAGAAAUAGAAAGUGUUGGCGAUGCUGAUGCCUGGAACACUGAUCGUGUGAAGGUUAUGAAUUUAAACAAUCCAAAAUAUAUAUUGAGAAAUUAUAUUGCCCAGAAUGCCAUAGAAGCAGCUGAAAAUGGGGAUUUCUCAGAGGUAAGAAACGUACUGAAACUCUUGGAGAAUCCGUUCCAAGAGGCAGAAGGUUUCAGGGAGGUAAAAGAAGAUGCAGAAGAGGAGGGAGCAACUGCUACAGCAGCUGCUUGUGCUCAAGAGACCAGAAGCAGACUACCAUAUUGCAAUAAACCUCCACUGUGGGCUUCGGAGCUCUGCGUUACAUGAUCUUCAUAACUGCCUUGGUUUGUUUUUUGCUGUAAACUGAAGACUGUGGUCCUCCUUCAGCAGUGAAGAAUUCAGCAAGGCAAACAUCAAAGUGCUAUUAAGUUACAGAAACAACCCUACAUUUGGAUGCAUCUGCAAUAGCCUUCAGCUGUGCUUAAUUUGAAGCAAUCAUGGAUCAUUGAAACAAACCCAUGACAAUCAACAGUCUGUAUACAUCAGUCAUUUAAAUGUUUUGAGAAGGAAAGUCUUUCCUUUAUUCAUCCUUUAUUGCAAGUAGAAAGCAAUAUUUUAUGUUGAGGCAGGCUGAAUUUUGAACAUCCAAAUGGAGUUGUUAUGUGAAGACAAAAAUAGCAAGUCAGGAAUCUGAUCUGUUUUUGUCUGAUGUCUUAACUAAUAGUACUUCUAACAUUUAUUUACUGCUUUCUCUAUGCAGGGACUUUUAGUCCUCUUUAAUGGAGGAAUAGAUUCAGUGUUGCUUGUUUGAAGCUAUGUUUCAUUUAAUUAAAUAGUUCAUUUCUUGUGAACCUUCAGGUAGAUAUUUAAUCAUAAUCUAUUUUCAGAGAAUUUGUUUGGGUUAGGGCUUGGGGAGAGCAAUUUUUUUUUUUUUUUUUUUUAAAUAAGAGCAGAAUUAAGGGAGGCUAUAUACAUUUGCACUUGAAAAUCUUGGUGGUAAAGUUUAUUCAGGUUCAGUGUGUUUGCAUACAACACAGGUAAAUGUUUACUAAAAUCAUGGGUGUAGUUUGUAAGCCAGUUGACCUUGGCAAGGUUGAUUAGCCAAAUUAAUGUGAACCUUAAACUACCCCAGUACUCAAAUCCAGGUUCUCUGUCCGUUUAUUUGUGUGUUCUUAACUGAGUCGUCUUGUAUGAUGAGUGUGCAGGUGGAGGACCUGUUUGUUCACACAGCUCUCUGCGAUUCUUCCAUUCCCACUCUGGUCUUGCACCGUUUAGUUUGAUUCCACAGUCUUGGAAAAUCUUUAUGCUGAAAGUUGCCAUUCAGGAGCAUGCUAUUUGAGCGUGUGUAAAAGAUGGUAGAAGAUGUGGGAGGAGGAUGGGAGCUGGCUUGCUUGCAAGUUACUUCUUGGUAGUGUUUCAGUUGAGGUUUCAGGGGAAAGUUGGUUGCUGUUACUGCCACAUCAUCAAAAAAAAAAAAAGUUGUUCCAUAGUUAGUUAUUGCUUAGCUUUCUGAACUUCCUUCUGAAGGACUCUCUUACUGAUUCAGAUGCCUGAAAUCUUGGGAAAAGGUUGGUUUAAUGCAAAGGUUUCUCUUUUCCAAAGCAACCACCGUUUUACACUGUGAGAUUAAGAGUAAUCUAGUAAAUUCUUCCACCCCUGUGCAAGCUUGGUAUUAGCUCAGGAUGCAUUGUGUUCUUUUAAGUCUUCCUCAAAAUACGUGCUGUCAAAAAAAGGGGAGAAGAACAGUUGGGCUACUGCUUAUCCAUCUGUACUAAUAAUCCAUUUGUCCUUCUUGCUGCCACAGUAAAUAGGUGAUGCUUUGAAUGAUGAA